UGUGCAUCGUACUUUGAUGACUAAUCUCUCAGCUUCCAUAAAUAACCACUACCCCUUUUCACUAACUUUCAGUUCAAACCACCACCCCAGAAAAAAAAUCUGAUCUUUUCCUCUUUCCCUUCAAUUUUUUAUCUGACUAGUGACCAGUACUCUCUGCAUCGAAUUAAUUCCCCUGCUUUAAAAAUGGUGUUUUUUCAACCCUACUAAAAAGGCUAUAUCAGCUAGCUCCCCCCUCUCAAAACCAAUGCAAAUCAUAAGUCACUCAUGAUAUAAUCACUACCUCAAAUCCAUCUCUUUCAGAUCUUUCAUUCAUUCAUUCUUCUCCUCAAUUCAACUUUCACCCUUUAGCAAUAGUUCUGUAACAAAACCUUUGAUGUCUAUCUCUAAUUCACACCACCCAGUAAUGCAAACCUUGUUCUCACCAUUUUCAGAACCAGACCUCUCUUUGAACAUAAGCCCUCCCUCUAUUUCUGAAGCAAAAGCAUCAGUUGGAUGUAAAGCACUUUACAAUAACGAUAUGUGUUCAUUAUCAACCUCUGAUUCAGCUGGAAGUAGUGAAAGCGAGUUGAGCCAUGAGAAUAAUGGCUUCAACAACCUCUGUCCUCCUCGUGAGCCCACAUUGAGAUUGGGCUACGGAGCCGUGGAUUUGAAUCCCCACUAUUCAGUUCAAGGAGGAGGCUUGAGAAACUUCAACCACCACCACCAUCACCUCCAACCUCGCGGCCACCCCGUCUAUGGCCGGGAGUUCAAGCGCAAUGCAAGGGUCGUUAAUGGUGGUAAAAGAAGUGUUAGAGCUCCCAGGAUGAGGUGGACAACCACCCUCCAUGCUCAUUUUGUUCAUGCUGUUCAGCUACUUGGUGGUCAUGAAAGAGCAACACCAAAGUCUGUGUUGGAGCUAAUGAAUGUGAAGGAUCUAACCCUUGCACACGUCAAGAGUCACUUGCAGAUGUAUAGAACAGUGAAGAGCACCGACAAAGGCAUUACAGAAGGAGGUCAUGGGCAGACAGAUAUUGGGUUGAGCCAAAGGCCAGGGAUUGUUCCUCUGCAUGGAGCAUCAUCAGCAGUACCCAAUUUAUUGCCUCAGAAGUCCCACAUCAGAACAUCGUGGCAAUCAUCAUCAAUAGAGACAAAUACAAACAAUAGCGGACAAAACUCCGAAAUUGGUUUGACGUAUUCUCGUCUCAUGAAAGGAUCAAAUGAUACCAUGGGGAAUGAGCAUAAUUAUGCUGGCAUGUCAAAUUGCAUGAAGGAGGGUUUGGAUUCUAUCCCUUUGUCACGUUCAGAGACUAUGAUUGACUUAGAAUUCACCCUUGGAAGGCCCACUUGGCAAACAGAGCAUGCCGAACCAUCAAGAAGAGAGUUAACUCUUCUCAAGUGUUAAAUAACCCUUUCCAACAAAUUCUGACACAGUUGGUAGAUAGCGAGGUCCCUAAAACAUGCCGACAAGAUUUCAAAUUUUAGCUGUGUGUAUAUGGAAAAAUAUUAGUCGAGAGAGGCAAAACUCACUUUGUUAAUCUUGACGCUCUCGAAGAGAUUAGUUUCGAACUAUUGACACACCUAACCCUUUCCUUGUCAUUAAAAUGCUAUACUACUACAUGACAUGGAGGAAAGAGAGAGGAAUUAUUCCAUGUGAAUGAUUUUAUUUCGUGAAACAUUUUGUCUAGAAAGAGGAAGGAGGAAUAGGAUAAA